UGCUUUCAUUUCUUCUUAAACUCUUUUCACCUGAUUUGUGUUCUUAUCACUAUCAUUAUCAUUAUCGUUUACAUUUCAUUCUCUUUUCAAAUUGUUCUUUGUUAGAGUAACCGUCCAAACAUUCUUGAAAUAUCUAUCCAUGGUAAACUAGAUUCUGAAUCAAUGGCGAGUCUCCAUGUUUAUAGAUUUGGUGAAUAUUUCCGAAUCGAGAAAACAUCAACAUCAAGUCAACUUUCAUUUUCAUUAUCAGAACAAGAUCGUCACCAUCACCAUCAACAUCAACAAUAUUAUUUCAAUUGCUCCAAUCACUACCAUCAUCAUCACCAACUACUAAAUCAACGAAACUAUUAACACCAAGUUUUGUAUUAGUUAAUAUUGUAAAACAAUGCUGCUAGUCAAGUUUAUCCUUAUCUAAGAUAUAUAACAUACUAACAAUAAUAAUAGUGAUAAAGGUAAUAAAUUUAUUAUUAUUAUUUUUAUUCCAAUUAUUAUUAUUGUAUUAGCAUAAUCGUGAUAACAUUAAAAGUGAUAAACGAGAUUGCGGUAAUUUAGGUAUCAACUUAUUAGGUAUGAGUGAUCAAGGUGAGAUUAAUCAUUGUUCUAGUGCAACCAGUAGACUUCUGUCUGAGUUAUUAACUUCUUUACCAAUUGAACAACCGACAUCAACCGAGACGGGAAACAACAUGGUUUUAACAUCACAACCUCCAACAUCUUCAAACUCUCCACACAUACCAUGUACACCUGCAAUGGCCUCCUUAACGACAGCGUCUAACGUAAAAAGUAAAAUAUUGAAUAAUAGCAAUGACAUGGGGCCGAUCAAUGUGAAAAAGCAACCCUCGCCAUCAACUCCAUCCACAGCUAUCGACUUUUUCACCUUCAAAUGGUUAUUCAAGAAAAGAACCGUCCCCUUUCUUAAAAAAUCGUCUUCAUCCAUUUUUCCUGAAGCCUCAGAAACAGGUCACCAUCUUUUGACCUCUUCUAAUAGUGGAGGAAUGAGCACACCAGAUGGAAAUGGUCUUGGUGGAGCUCGAUCCAAUAGUCGAUCAGCUGGUUCUAGAUUAGAUUGUCAAAGUAUCCCGGGUACUGCUAAACCAAGUAAAAUUUGCAAUGUGACUCCUGUAAUUUCUCGCCUAGCAGAAGAAUCGACUCUUAAAUCAAAUUUAAGAAUGAAACUAUCCUACAGUUUUGGGGACAUUGAUGAAUUUAGUAAAUGGUCAAACACUGACAAUGCGGAACAACAGCCAUUAAAUUUUGACUCUACAUUAAACGAUGACCAUCAAUAUUUUCAUCAUUCAAACAAAUCUCGUUUAGUUUCUACUAAAUGUAUUCCAAAAGAAAAUAAACUUAUCUCAUCAUCAUCAUACUCAUCUGCAUCGGUAUCCCACCUUCCAGUGACCCGUCGUUCCAAUUUUGGCUCUUAUUCUCAUCGUGGUUCAUUUGGUGGUACCAAAGUUCGUAAAAUAGAUUCAUCACUUAAUUUAUCUCGCAGUUCAAUAGAAAAAUGUUUUCUCUGUUUAAAUGAUGUAAAAUCACCUUCAAUGCACACAAUUUGGUCUUGUGGAUGUCGUUUUUGUAUAAAUUGCCUGCGAACUUAUCUCACCAUCAACAUCAAAGAGAACAAUAAUGUGUGUAAUUUAACCUGCCCUGACUCAAAUUGUCCAGAAUUAGCAAAAUUAUUGAAGCAACACCAACCCAAUAACCUGAUUAGUUCUUCGUCUGGUCGAAUGAUGAAUUCCUUGAUAAGAACUAUGUCCCCAAAUCGCUUUACACCGCAAGAAAUUCAAUUGCUGGUUUCAUCAGAGAUAUUUGAUUUGUACAAAAAAUAUAAACUGUACCAAGAAGUUGACGAGGAUCCAAAUCGAACAUGGUGUCCCAAACCCAACUGUUGUAACAUUUGCAUAAUCUCAAAACCAAAUUCAGUUUCAUUGCCAACCUCGUCAUCAUUUACCUCAUCAAAGUCGACCCAAUCAACCAAGACAAACAUUGUGGAAGAUAAAGCUUCGUUUUACUGUCAAAAAUGUAAAGAAACCUAUUGUAAUCUUUGUCGUAAAUCUUACCAUCCUGGAACAUCGUGUUGGCCCUCCGGAGAAGAUGAUGACCUUGCCCUGUUGCUUAACAAUCAAGAUAGUUCAUCAUAUUGUGUAAAUAAUAUCAAAAGAUGUCCAAGAUGUUCAGUUUGGAUUGAAAGGGAUGACGGAUGUGCCCAAAUGAUGUGCCGUAAAUGUAAACAUGUGUUCUGUUGGUUUUGCCUUCAGUCCCUCGAAGAUGACUUUUUACUUCGUCAUUAUGAUAAAGGACCUUGUAAAAAUAAGCUGGGUCACUCGCGGCCUUCAGUGAUUUGGCAUCGAACUCAAGUUAUUGCAAUUUUUGCGGGUUUUGGUUUACUCCUUCUUCUGGCAUCACCGUUAUUCCUACUCGCCUCACCCUGUAUACUUUGCUGUAAUUGUUGCUGUGGUUCAUCGUGCAAGUACUUAGACGAUGGUGAGCCUCACGAGGAAGAAGACGGUUUCGGUGUAAUGAAUUUGUAAUAGUUCACACAAUCGAUUAUACUGAAUCAAUCUUCAUCACUGUAAUUUUCACGUUACGUUCACCAACCUUUCCAAUCAUCAUAAUCUCUCCAUCUCCAUCUCCCUCUUCCUUUCCAUCUCUUCCUUUCCCAUAAAAAAAGUACAUUUUAAUGUAAAUAAUCAACAACUGCCUAGCGGGAUUGUUGAACUUCGUUCAGGAACACAUUUAAAGUUCUCUUUCCGAACAAUGCUCUUCCUUCCUCUUUCCUUGCAUUUUACUUCAUUAUCCCCAAUUCAAUGGUGUAAAGAGCUGCAUUCACCAAUGAGACAAACCAAAAAAAAAUACUAGAAACAAUCUGUUUACAACAGACUCAAAGACAUUAACUUUCCAAUGUAAUUUAGCACGUUGUAUGUGUGUAUAGUUGAUAGUAAAAAAAUAAUAACAAAAAAGGGUAUUCCGAUGACGAAAUUAAUCGUUUCUCUGAUUAUUUCCUUAUCGAGAUGGAAAUUUUUCCUUUUCUUAAAAAACAUUUUGAUAGUCAAUAAACUCAUCGCGUAAAUAGAUUGAGUGAGUUGAACAAAAUGUACUUAUACAAUUGUCACAUUAACUAGAUUAUAUAAUAAGUUCAUCACUUUUAACUUUUCUGAUUUUUAUUAGCUUCAUAACAAAUUACAAUCACUGUUAAUUAAUUAAUUGACUGGUUAAUUAAAUGUUAAAGUGUGGAAUCAUCAACCAGACUUGAAGGCUGGAAGGAUAAAAAGGCCAAGAGAAGGCAGCAAUCUUGAUUAUUAUGGAUACAUCAUUAUGACGAUUACGAUUACGAUUGUAAUGAAAAAGGAAAAAGUCUUGUAAAUUGUGUAGAGUAUUUUAUUUUUGUUAUUAUCAUUAUUACCUUCUUCAAAUUUACUAUCUCAUUACAAGUUAUACAAUAAAAAUCAAGUUCGUGCAUAUUA